AUUUUACCGCCAAUCUCACUUCUCUCCAACAUCUCCCUUCUCUCCCUCCUCUUUCUCACUUAUCUUUCGAGGGUUUCUUCGCCUUCUCUUCUUUUUCCAUUCCAUCCCCAAAUCAAAUCCAGACAAAAACAAAGAUUAUUUUCGAAAUCCAUCUCUCAUUGCUCGAGAUGACCUCUACAAGUCCUCUUCAUGUCCCCGACAACGACGACGACGAAUUCGACUGGGAAGCAGCUGUGAGAGAAAUUGAUGUCGCAUGUCAAAGCGCCAACAACCCUUCAACUUCACUGCCUAACAAUUUUGCUUCUUCUUCUUCUUCUCAUUCUCGCCCUUUGAAUGGCAUUUAUAAAAAUUCUAAUUUAUGUUUUACUAAUAAGAUUGUGAAAAAGUCUGGGGCUUGUAAGCAAUCUACUCUUGAUAUGUUUAUUGGGAAAGGUUUGGGUCCUGGGCCCCGACCUGGGAAUUCAAUGGUUGAUGAUUUAAAUCAGCAAGUUGGGGUUGAGGGUAAUGAUGAUGAAAGGGCGAGCUACGUUGAAAUUGAUCCUGAGGCAGCUAAAACUUGGAUAUACCCAGUUAACGUUCCACUGCGUGAUUAUCAAUUGGCCAUGACCAAGACAGCACUGUUUUCAAAUACAUUGGUGGCAUUACCAACAGGGCUUGGAAAGACACUUAUUGCUGCAGUUGUUAUGUAUAACUAUUUCCGAUGGUUUCCAUAUGGGAAAAUAGUCUUUGCUGCUCCAUCUCGACCGCUUGUAAUGCAACAAAUAGAAGCUUGUCAUAAUAUUGUGGGAAUACCACAAGAAUGGACAAUUGAUAUGACAGGUCAGCUAAGUCCUACAAAAAGGGCAUGCUUUUGGAAAACGAAACGAGUGUUCUUUGUUACUCCACAAGUUCUUGAGAAGGAUAUUCAAUCUGGCACAUGUUUGGUAAGAUACCUGGUGUGUUUGGUCAUUGAUGAGGCUCAUCGUGCAUUAGGAAAUUAUUCUUACUGUGUGGCAGUUCGUGAGUUGAUGGCAGUGCCAGUGCAGUUAAGAAUAUUAGCUUUGACUGCAACACCUGGAUCAAAGCAACAGGCCAUCCAGCAUAUUAUUGAUAAUUUACAUAUCUCAACACUUGAAUAUCGCAAUGAGGAUGAUCCUGAUGUCAGCCCAUAUGUUCAUAACAGAAAGAUUGAAAUGAUUGAGGUUGCACUGGGGAAAGAUGCUGUUGAUGUAAAUAAACAGCUAUUGGAGGUGAUACGUCCAUAUGUGGCUAGACUCUCUGCAAUUGGACUUCUCCAUAAUAGAGAUUAUAAGACUUUCAGCCCUCCUGAUUUACUUAAUUCGAGGGAUAAAUUUCGUCGAGCACCUCCACCAGAACUUCCCCAGAACAAAUAUGGAGAAAUUGAAGCUUAUUUUGCAGGUCUUAUUACUCUUUAUCACAUUCGUAAGCUACUUUCAAGUCAUGGAAUAAGGCCAGCAUAUGAGAUGCUGGAAGAAAAGCUGAAACAAGGGCCAUUUGCAAGACUGAUGACUAGAAAUGAAGACAUUAGAAAAGUAAAGCUGUCAAUGCAGCAAAGCUUGUCUCAUGGUGCACCUAGUCCCAAAUUGUCAAAAAUGUUGGAAGUACUGGUGGACCAUUUCAAAACAAAGGAUCCCCAGAACUCAAGGGUGAUAAUUUUCUCCAAUUUUAGAGGAAGUGUAAGGGAUAUAAUGAAUGCACUAACAAACAUUGGUGAUAUAGUUAAAGCAACUGAAUUCAUUGGUCAAAGCUCAGGAAAAGCAUUGAAAGGCCAGUCCCAAAAAGUUCAACAGGCUGUUUUGGAGAAAUUUCGAGCUGGCAAAUACAAUGUUAUUGUUGCCACAUCAAUUGGUGAAGAAGGCUUGGAUAUCAUGGAGGUUGAUCUUGUAAUAUGUUUUGAUGCCAAUGUCUCACCACUAAGAAUGAUUCAGCGCAUGGGGAGAACUGGAAGAAAGCAUGAUGGACGAGUUGUAGUUUUAGCUUGCGAAGGAUCUGAGUUGAAGGGUUAUAUGCGGAAGCAAGCAAACAGCAGGGCCAUUAAGAAACACAUGCAUAAUGGGGGGAUAAAUAGUUUCAAUUUCCAUCCUAGCCCAAGGAUGAUUCCGCAUAUUUUUAAACCAGAAGUCCAAUUUGUCAAGCUAUCAAUUGAACAGUACAUUCCUCGUGGAAAGAAAGUGAAAGAUGACACUGCCAUUCAGACACCGGUUUUUAGAACCAAACUAAAUGGUGAAGAGGCGGCUUUAAUUACCAAGUACUUCAAGCUCACUGGUGAACAAUCUUGGAGGCCAUCUCUUAUUGCCUUUCCUCAUUUCCAGGCAUUUCCCUCUAGAGUGCAUAAAGUGAUGCAUUCUUAUAGAACAAAUAUGCUGAUAGAUACAAUGCAAUAUUUGCAAAAUCUAUCAUUUUCUACUAAGGGCAGAGCUUUCUUCAUUGAGGAUGAAAUCUCUUCAGGUAAGUGCUUGGGAGUUGACGCAUUUGAAAAAGAGCAUAUUGAUAAAGAAGAUCCACUAAGCGAUGGUUCUCCUGCCACCAAGUCACUUAAAAAAGUAACAGAUUAUGAAUUAUCAGCAACAGAUUGUGACGUAUCACCUAGGAAGACUGAGUUGCAUAAUGUGAUGGAUUUCCACGAAGAAAGUCCUCCAGCCCACUCCUAUCUUUUUGGUUCAGAUUUUGUGUCUGUAAAUGCUCUUGGAAAUGUCAUAAUUUUGUCUGUCCCUGUACUUCCAAUGAGAGAGGCAUUGCAUUCCAAGUGUACGAAUGCCAGCACUACACUGCCACUUGAUUGUUUGGAGAAAAAUUCUCAUAUGAGGACUCCGUGUAAAGACUCCAAGGAAGUAACUGUGGAAGGAAAGUCCAGCGCAGACCUAAUACCAUCUUGGAUGCAAUGUGAAACAAAUGUCACUUUGGCAAUACCCAAGUCUAAUGUCCAGCAAGAUAAAAUACUGGAUCGAGUUGAAACAGCUCCUGAGACUCCAGGAUUGAAGAAAAGACUUUCAAAUGAAAGAGAUUGUGCUGAUGAAGCACUUGAUCGCUUGGAAAUCAAUGGACCAUCCUCACAACACGUUGAAUACAAUGAUAAUGCUGAGCUGAGUCCUAGGCUAACUAAUAUGAUCCAAAGUGGUAUUGUUCCAGAAUCUCCAAUCAAUGAUAUUGAUGCUUCAGCCAUGAAAUUGGAUGUUGAGCUGCUUCCAAAGUCUCCUAUUCCUGGCAAAAAUGAAACGGCUAUCAAUGUAAAAGGCCGUCAAAGAACUUUGCUGGCUUCUAUUAAUAAUGAAAUUCAAACUCCUAUACUCACAGAGAACAAUCCAGCUGCUGAGGAAACCAAUACUCCUUUGGUGAAUCCCACUGAAAAUAGUUGUAGCAAAGAUUGGCUUAUUAGCUCUGGAGACAAGUCGGAAACUGUAGAACAAGUAAGAAAGCUCAAAAGAUUGCGGAAAAUUGGAGAUAUGGGGAGAAAUAGGAAUCCAGGAGGCAACAAAGAAAUAUCAUUAGCCCUUGUAGCAAACCUUGAUAGAUCUUUUUCCAAUAUCAUACCUGACCAAAUUAAGCAUGGUAAAGGUAAAAGGAAGCAAACUGGCAAUAUCUUCAUUGAGGAGGAAGCAGAGGUUUCGUCUGAUGCUGAAAUAUCUGUUGAUGAGGAAGAUGACAAAAGCGACAGUUCGUAUGAUGAUAGUUUCAUAGAUGACAGGACAAACCCUACAGCUGCAAGCACUCAGGCAGAAACUUGUAGAGCUGACAUGAUGGGAGUUUACAGGCGUUCUUUGCUCAGCCAAUCACCAAUGGAGAGGGAAUCAAGUUCUUAUAUUACUGCUACUCCUGAUUGUGGGACGUCAAUGAGCAGAAUGAAUGAAAGCAAAAGCUCUUCAGUCAAGACAUUAUAUUCUUUCCAGACCCCUUACAUAGAUUCUUCAAAUAAGUUUGCUGGGAGAGAUUCAGGUUCUUUUCAGAUGGACCUGGACAGGAUGUCAGAAGCAAAGCCCCAUAUAACCACUAAUUUCCUGAGGGAAAAGGAAACAAUGAUGGAGAGUAGGAAAAGAAAAUUAAGUUUUUGCAUGACCGGGUCUAUACCUGCAAUCAACCUAGAACAAGAAUUCUCUUUGCAAUCAGAUGCUGCCAGAAAAGAAUCAUUCCAGCAGGAUCCUGCAGAAAACCUUGAUGCUAAUGGUGAAAUGUUUCAUGAUGAUCAAUUCUUUGCAAAUCUUGAUCUUGAUGCUGUGGAGGCACAAGCUACCAUGCUUCUCAAACACAAAUCUGAAUCUUCAGUACAGAAUCAGGAUGUAGUUCCAAAACUUAGCGAGCAAAAUUUUGACCUUCAGAGUUCUCCAACAUUUGAUCUCGGGAUAGGGUAAUUGAUGGAAAAUCUCUACCGUUUCUUCCCUGAAAAGUCCUUUUUGAAGCAUUAGAAUUAAAAAAAAAAAAUCAAUUGUGCACAGGGUUUUAAGAUUUAUGAUAACAUAUUUUUUGUUAGAGAAAAUAGGAUAGGCACAUUACUGCGAAGCUAAUAUUUAUAUUGUAAAUUAUGUACUAGUUGAAAGCAAUUGAAAAGAUUAUGUAAAGCCUGAUAUAGGAAGAAAGGCUGAAAAGAACUGUACAUAAACAUUAUACCAGAAUUGACAUGUUCACAAAAGCAUUUUGAUGCAGAAUAUUCAGCUAUGGAGCUCAGAAUUACUAUGUUCA